CCGCCUCUCCGGGAGACGACGACACGCCUGAUGAGUGCCUGACGUUCCAGCGCGAGGCAGACAGCGACGCAGAGAGAGACAAAGCGGGCAAUAAAGGCAGCCGCGCGCGAGCGAGGGAAGGGAGCGAAGCAAAGCACAUCACGAGCCCAGCCUGCGCCUGCGGAGGGAGGGGGCUCAUUAAAGAGGGGGCGCGAGCGCGACCGGCCGCGGGGAGCAAGCAGCGCGCGAGAGAGACAGGUUGAGAUGGCGAUGCCGUAUGCCUCUCUUUCCCCGGCAGGCGCCGCCGACCACCGCUCCUCCACAGCCACGGCGUCCCUCGUCCCCUUCUGCCGCUCCACUCCGCUCUCCGCGGGCGGCGGGCUGGGCGAGGAGGACGCCCAGGCGAGCGCGAGGUGGCCGGCCGCGAGGCCGGUGGUGCCGUUCACGCCGGCGCAGUACCAGGAGCUGGAGCAGCAGGCGCUCAUAUACAAGUACCUGGUGGCGGGCGUGCCCGUUCCGCCGGAUCUCGUGGUUCCAAUCCGCCGCGGCCUCGACUCCCUCGCAACCCGCUUCUACGGCCAACCCACACUCGGGUACGGACCGUACCUGGGGAGGAAACUGGAUCCGGAGCCCGGCCGGUGCCGGCGAACGGACGGCAAGAAGUGGCGGUGCUCCAAGGAGGCCGCCCCGGACUCCAAGUACUGCGAGCGCCACAUGCACCGCGGCCGCAACCGUUCAAGAAAGCCUGUGGAAACGCAGCUCGCGCCCCAGUCCCAACCGCCCGCCGCCGCAGCCGUCUCCGCCGCUCCGCCCCUGGCAGCCGCCGCCGCCGCCACCACCAACGGCAGCGGCUUCCAGAACCACUCUCUCUACCCGGCCAUCGCCGGCAGCACUGGUGGUGGAGGAGGAGUUGGCGGGUCCGGCAAUAUCUCCUCCCCGUUCUCCUCGUCGAUGGGGGGAUCGUCUCAGCUGCACAUGGACAGUGCUGCCAGCUACUCCUACGCAGCUCUUGGUGGUGGAACUGCAAAGGAUCUCAGGUACAACGCUUACGGAAUAAGAUCUCUGGCGGACGAGCACAACCAGCUGAUCGCAGAAGCCAUCGACUCGUCGAUAGAGAGCCAGUGGCGCCUCCCCAGCUCGUCGUUCCCGCUCUCGAGCUACCCACAUCUCGGGGCGCUGGGCGACCUGGGCGGCCAGAACAGCACGGUGAGCUCGCUGCCGAAGAUGGAGAAGCAGCAGCCGCCCUCGUCCUUCCUAGGGAACGACACCGGGGCCGGCAUGGCCAUGGGCUCCGCCUCCGCGAAGCAGGAGGGCCAGACGCUGCGGCACUUCUUCGACGAGUGGCCCAAGGCGCGGGACUCCUGGCCGGGCCUCUCCGACGAGACCGCCAGCCUCGCCUCGUUCCCCCCGGCGACCCAGCUGUCGAUGUCCAUACCCAUGGCGUCCUCCGACUUCUCCGUGGCCAGCUCCCAGUCGCCCAACGGUGAGUCGCGUACGUUCCUGCUGGCCACGGACCGAAGGUGAAAGGUUGUUGCUGGUUUACUGAUAGGAGACAACCAUGUCUGGUCUCUGCAGAUGACUAAUGGUGCGUGGAUCGUCGCGUUCUGGCCCUUUGUCUGUCUUCCCUCCAGUCCUCCACCCACCGCGCAGUAGUAGCUGCGGAAACAGCCCAUGCUCCUGUAUAUUUGUCGGUCAUUUUCCGUGUCAGAUCUGUGUACCAAACCAAGCGGCGGCGGCCGUCGUCUCUCCCCGCCUCCGCCUCGCCUCAUGUGGGUGGGUGAACAUGAGACCGUUUUGCUUAGGCUCAAAGCUUUGUGUGACCCCACUGAUCGGUUGUCUGCGUACUA